CCAAUACUAUUGCAAACUGCUUCAAUCCAAUUUCCCAAAACCUCUUAGAAAAUUCUUCAAAACACACCAAACAACACAAGAACACCAAGAAAGACAAAAGAAAUUAAGGCAAGAAGACAAAGCAAACCCCUCUUUCUCUAAAAAAUUAUCAACCAUUUGCAUAUAUAUACUACACAGCAUAAAUUCAUUCAAGAACCGACUCUUGGAGAACAAUUAUAUCACAAACAAAGAUGAUUAUAUCUGUUUCCAUAUUAGUCUCUCUCGCACCAUACAUAGUCUCAGCAUUGCUUCUCUUCCUUUUCCUAGAGCAACUCUCUUACCAUGUCAAGAAACGUAACAUCCCUGGCCCUUUCUUUGUCCCUCCCAUCAUCGGAAACGCCGUCUCUCUCGUCACUGACCCCACUACCUUCUGGGACAAGCAAUCCGCAACGGCCGGAACCUCCCCCGGCCUCUCCGCCAACUACCUCAUCGGAAAAUUCAUCGUAUACAUCAGAGACACAGAGCUCUCCCACCAAAUCUUCUCCAACGUCCGUCCCGAUGCUUUCCACCUCGUGGGACAUCCCUUCGGCAAGAAGCUAUUCGGUGAUCACAACCUCAUCUACAUGUUCGGUGAGGAUCAUAAAUCAGUUCGUCGCCAGCUUGCUCCCAACUUCACCCCAAAAGCACUCUCAACCUACACUACCCUCCAGCAGUUAGUUAUCCUCCGUCAUCUACGCCGGUGGGAGGAAACAUUCUCCGGCGAGUCAGGACCCGUGUCGCUGCGAAACCUAGUCCGUGAACUUAACCUAGAAACCUCUCAGACAGUUUUCGUCGGACCGUACCUUGACAAAGAAGCAAGAAACAUGUUCCGUACGGAUUACAAUAUCUUCAACCUCGGAUCCAUGGCCUUACCGAUAGACCUUCCAGGGUUCGCCUUCGGCGAAGCUCGCCGCGCGGUGACUAGGCUGGCGGAUACACUCGCCGUCUGCGCGGGAAAGUCGAAAGCGAGGAUGGCGGCGGGGGAAGAGCCGACGUGCUUGAUUGACUUCUGGAUGCAAGCCAUCGUCGAGGAGAGUCCCGCGCCGCCGCACUCCGGCGACGAAGAGAUCGGCGGCUUCCUCUUCGACUUCCUCUUCGCCGCGCAAGACGCGUCCACGUCAUCGCUUCUCUGGGCGGUUGGACUUCUUGAUUCUCAUCCGGAGGUCCUGAGAAGAGUGAGAGAGGAAGUCGCGAGGAUAUGGCAGCAUGACUCCAACGCGUUGAUAACAGUCGAUCAUCUCGCGGAGAUGAAGUACACGCGCUGCGUGGCGCGUGAGGUAGUGAGAUUCCGACCGCCAGCGACAAUCACAAUGGUCCCACACGUCGCUGCUAAAGACUUUCCUCUCACUACCUCGUACACUAUCCCAAAAGGUACAAUUGUCUUUCCCUCGGUUUUCGACUCCUCGUUCCAAGGGUUUACUGAACCGGACCGGUUCGAUCCGGAUCGGUUUAGCGAGGCUAGGAAAGAGGAUCAGGCGUUUAAACGCAAUUUCCUAGCGUUUGGAUGGGGUCCGCACCAGUGUGUGGGUCAGCGUUACGCCUUGAACCAUCUCGUGCUGUUCAUCGCAAUGUUCUCGACGCUGUUGGAUUUCAAGAGGGUUCGAUCAGACGGCUGCGAUGAGAUUGUAUACUGUCCCACGAUAUCGCCUAAGGAUGGUUGCACGGUGGUUUUAUCGAGGCGUGUUGCAGCGUUUCCCGACUUGCCGUUAAAUUGAUUUGGUAACAAUAUUCUUUUAAAAGAUUUAUUUAUUGUUUGUUAAAGUGAAGUGUGUGAUUUUAUCAUUGUUUGUGAUGUGUUUCUGGAAGAGAGGCACGUGAAUUUGAUAAGGGGUGUAAUUGUUUUUCAUAUGUUUUUUUUUUUUUUUUUUUUAAAUAUAUAUUAAUCAUCCCGAUAACGGGUAUUAAGGUCCGAUUACAAGCCCGACAAAAAUUUCCCAAAUCAAAACAUAAACAUGACCAACUUCGCCCACCCACUAAACCCGGCACGUUCCGGUGGCCCGUUUUAGAAUCAUUAGGAAAUUCGGAUGCCGUUCUCAACCUUCAACGAUGACCGCGAUUAGGUGAGGUUCUCCUCAUUGCUUCAGAUGCCGGGAAUAUUCACGUCGUCUCCAGAGUAGCUAGCUCCCGGUGUGUUUCAGACUUGUAAUCAUCACUUUCAAUUAACGCACAAGCAGUAUAGAAGAAGGGAUACAAACACCACCUUUGAAAAUCGCCCCAUACCCGCAUGUGCAAUCUUCUACAAAGCCGGAAGCCGCCCAAAGAGAAGCGAUCGAUGAAGACCCCUCACCAAGGACGGAAUGCAGGAAGACGGGAACGGAAUGACGGCUGCUACUCGAUCUAGCUAACUCUCAAGACCUGCAAAAACUAUAGCUUUGCAACACUACCGAGAGAUAAACUCGCGGCACAGGGAUAUGUCACAACGCCGACUGAGCCACCAAGGAUAGGGAAAUCCUCUGACCAGAAGGACCACCCGACUCCUCGCCAGUCGCCUUCCUCGAGAACCGAGGAAAGGUUAAGCCUUUGACGUCAAAGAUUCGAACCGGUGGCACGGUUCAAGACAACACACAACCACAACUGAGAGCACAAUCCGAUAGGAGCAAGUCAACGAGACUCCCACAGUUGACUGGAUCCAAAAGCCGGGAAGAUAACAAAUUGUUGAGAGAGAUGUGACUACACUGCCUCGAAGAAGCCAUAGACGACUAUCUCCGACACCGCUGUGAAGCCGCAAACAACGAGCCAACACCACAAACUUCGACACACGCUGACAGCAAGGGCUAGAGCUUGCCUCUGAGAUAAUCGGAUCCUCCAGAGCUCUCACGGAGAGAGAAGACAGCAAGCGUUAAACCAAGACGCCAAGGAAGAACGACAUAACCGUUUCUACA